AUGGACCUUGACGAAUUCUCCGAUGACGGCUUCGACGAUCUUCCUGAUAAUGCCCUGCAAGAACUCGAGGACAAUGCAAUUCAAUUCACCCAGGCGCAAGCCGCCUCGAGAUCAGCAACACAACACCAGCGAGCUGGAUCUCCUGAGGUCUACUGGAUUGAUGAAGAUGACGAUCUCGAUACGACCGAAGUGACAAAUGAUGCUGGCCUGCCUAUAGGGAGACCUGUUAUAGACAAUAAUCUGCCACGGAAUGAGGCAUCCCAACCCUACCCUCGGCGCUCCAUCCCGCCUCCAAAUCCAAAUUGGAAUCCCGUCAUCGACCCUUCGAAACGACGUCCAAUAGGACAGCCGAUCCAGCAACAUGUCAAUGCUGCACCGCCCAACCAGCCCAUGUACACUUCUCAGCAGUUCCAAACACAGAGUUCCAACUUCGCUCGUGUUCAGUCAAGCCAAUUUGCUCGACCUCCCCUUCCUCAGAACCGGACCGCAGCUCCUGAGCAGCCCCAAAAUCGUCCUGGCGAUAUCUUGUCGGCUCUCCAACAGCGAGUCGUAGUUCUCGAGGACCAACUCAAAGCGGCUUUGGGGGAGGCUUCCAUUGUCCGGUCCAAUUUCGUCAAAUCCAACGAGGCGCACGCUGCAGAGGUUGCUCGCUUGAAUAAAAUUAAUGCCGAGCAGCUAGCAAAGCAAGAACGGAUUGCUGAAGCAGCCGUUGCCGCUCAACAAAAUGCCGAUACAGAACUGCAAUUUCUUCAGCGUGAUAUGAGGGAGGUUGUUCGCCGAAAGGAGCCUGCUGCGGGCGCUUCUGGGGGACUCUCGACCCCUAAGAAAGCCUCUAAGACAUGGGUCGCUGAUGGAUUUGACGAAAUGGAUAUUGCUCUAAGUCCAAGCAAAGGACAAGGACGAAGUAGGAAUUCUGGGGCAAUAGCACUGCAUGUUGGCGAGCGGACACCGAGCAAAGGGAAAAGAAAACGGCCGACGGUCGAUAGCCCUGUGAUGCCAUUGGAGACUCAUACAGACAGCUUUGCUAGUAGCAAUGGCAGAGCCGAGCCUCCAGCUCAACAAGCACCGAUUGUGGUCGCACCACCCCCUGCCGUACCAUUCGAGUUUCUCAAGCUCGUGCUUGACCACGGAACUCAUCGGUCAACUUUUGACGUGCUGUCUCGCUUUUACUUUCCAGAUGAUCCAGAAACCUCCUUCUCUGCGAUUGUGUUCCAGAAAAUACCCUUGAUGGGGGAUCCUCAUCGACCAAUGCAACUGCUCGUGGAUUUUGCGAAUCUCAUGAGCGGCAUCUGGACCCGAUGCCAAGCGGACCAGCUGUGGGAACCCAUCAAGUAUGUGCUUUCGCUAAUAUCCUUCACAUUCUCUCUUCAUGCAUCAGAAGUCGCCCCUUUUGUGAUCCCCAACUUGGCAGCACCAGCGCAAGCAACAAUAUGCACCCUCGCUGAAUGGCAAAAUCGCAUUCCUGAAGGUGAAGAGCAGUUAAAAAACUCCGAAUUUCAGUCUAUGAAGCGGCACAUCAAAAUCGUGGACAUUCUCUCGGUUUUUCAUACGUGCUCGCUGGCUUGCUCCGCUGCACUUGAUGUGACCGAAGACGAUGUUAAGUCACAGGCGACAAUGUUUUGGAGCUGCAUAUCUCCUGAUCUGGUUUAUAAACUCCUGAGUCCCAAACAAGAGCUACCCGAUAUCUUAGGAAUGCUUGAGCUAUUAACCACAUGUUCACUUCCAGACUCACUUGGUCCCAUUACGGAGAGAGAAUCUCCUGUGGCUAGUCAUGUCAUCAAUCACGUUACAAACAAACUUACAGAUUAUCAUUCGUCUGUGAAAAGUCGUGAGCAGAAGAGCACUUUGUUCCUGGCUGCCUUGCGAACACUGAUUUCCUUCUCUCGCUAUCCCUUUGGUGCGAUGGAACUUGCAUCUCACAGUCUCGCACUACCUCGCCUCGUUGCCUGUCUCAGCUCGUCUAUAGACGAGUUAUACGAUCUACCUAUUCCGUCCAACAUUUUGCCGCCCAAUGCCGAGACGGACGGCUUGCGAUGGGGAUCGGAGGCGGCCUCGUACUCAGCGAGCCUGUACAAAAUCAUUUCCAAAUGUGUUUUCUUGAUCCACUCCUUGGUGACCGGUCCCAGUACUGCCAAUAUUGCAGAAAUCGGCCAGAAGCUGUCCAUGAUGCAUGGUGGGAGCCAGCGAUAUCUUCUUGCCUUGGGAAGGCUCACAUUUGCAGAGGAGGAUCUUGUGAUGGAGGCAGGGAUCGAUGGGGAAACGGUUGAAGCAGCACACGAAUUGCUUGAACUAGCAGUAACACCAGACGAGGGCGAGAUUGUGAGCGGAGCAUUUGGAGUUUAUUAG